UCCCGGAAGUUCAUCCGGAUGGUGACGUUGUCUCAAGACAUGGCGGUGGCGGCAGUGAUGUUUCACCGGAGCUGGACGUUUCUGCUGUGGACUUUGUUGUUAACGUCGGUUUGCGGCCGAAUCCAUCGCCUGAUCUUGAAGGAUGAUGUUAGGCAAAAGAUCCAUUUAAACACAUUUGGUUUCUUCAAGAAUGGAAAUAUGACUGUGAAAAUGACCAAUUUGACAUCAAAAGGAGUUGAUUUCAAAGCUGUUGACACCUCUGCGCUGGGCCUUAGUUUGGACAGAACCAAGAAUGAUGGCUUCUCAUCCUAUUUGGAAGAGGAUAUUGAUUUUUGUUUCUUGAAGAAAAAGCCUCCAAAUGACGUACCUGUUACGCUUUUUCUGAUUGACUUUGGAAAACUUCAAGUUAAAGUUCUGACAUCUGGAAACAAUCAGCCAACAAUCAAUGAUUUUAGAACUGCAGCAAGCCAACCAGUCAAAGACAAAAGCAGCAAGACAGAUGUGAAAUCACAGAGUGAGUCUAAGAAAGCAGGAGAACUCCAAAAAAAGAAUGAAACCACAAAGCAGUCUGAGCAAAUCCAGAAGGCAAAACCAAAAUCUGGAAUUUCUGCUGAACGAAAGGAUGAAACUUUGCCAUUACAGAAAAAAAAUCUAUCCUAUUCAUUCACAUUCUCGUUUACCAUUAACAGUGACGAGGAACAGGGACUUUACAGUCUGUACUUCCAUAACUGCUAUACUGAUGAAAAGCCGUCUCCGCAGUCUUUUCAGUUUGACAUGGAUAUUACUAUAGUGGAACAGAAUCCUGGCAGUUAUUUAUCUGCAGGAGAGAUCCCACUCCCGAAACUCUACAUUUCUAUGGCUUUCUUCUUCUUUCUGGCUGGAAUUUUCUGGGUUUAUAUCCUCCGGAAGCGCAGCAGUGAUGUGUUUAAGAUCCAUUGGCUGAUGGGGGCCCUAGCCUUCACCAAAUCCCUGUCUCUUGUUUUCCAUGCUAUUGAUUAUCACUUUAUAUCAACUCAGGGUUAUCCUAUUGAAGGUUGGGCUGUGGUAUACUACAUAACUCACUUGUUGAAGGGUGCUCUGUUGUUCAUUACAAUUUCGCUAAUUGGAACUGGCUGGGCAUUCGUUAAACACAUCCUCUCUGACAAAGACAAGAAAAUAUUUAUGAUAGUUAUUCCACUCCAGGUCCUUGCUAAUGUCGCUUACAUCAUUAUUGAAUCGACAGAAGAAGGGACGACAGAAUAUGGACUGUGGAAAGAGAUCCUCUUUCUUGUUGACCUCCUGUGCUGUGGUGCCAUUCUGUUCCCUGUUGUGUGGUCAAUUAGACAUUUGCAAGAAGCAUCAGCUACAGAUGGAAAAGCUGCCAUUAACUUGGCGAAACUGAAGCUAUUCAGACAUUAUUAUGUUAUGAUCGUAUGUUACAUUUAUUUUACACGGAUCAUAGCAAUUCUGAUCAAAAUCAUUGUGCCUUUCCAGUGGAAAUGGCUCUAUCAGUUCCUGGACGAACUUGCCACGCUUGUGUUCUUCUGUUUGACGGGCUAUAAGUUCCGACCAGCUUCAGACAAUCCCUACCUUCAACUACCUCAGAAUGAGGAAGAUGUAGAGAUGGAUGAAGUAGUGACUACAACUGGAAUGAUGGAAGGAGUGAAAAAAGUUAACCAAACAUCGAGUGGCCCUUCAGAGCAGAGAGGAGAACUAGACAGAAUGGCAUGACAAUGACCAGCCUUCAACAGAGACACAGAGUGUAAUGUGUGUGCCCUCCCCCUUUCAAUCUGUAAGGGAUAUGCACAGAAAACACUUGAUUCAGGGCUCAAAGAAGUGCUUCUGCACCAAAUGAAGUUCAGUAUUUUGUUGAGAAAAUCACAUUUUCCUGUGAAAUAUUUGCAGUUUUCCAACUUUUUAGUGCACAGGACUCAUGCCAGUGCUGCCCCAUCGUAUACACCAGUUCAGCUUAAACAGAUCUAAAGGUAGUUGUCAGCUUGUGAGGCUUUAUCUUUAUUCAUACAAAUUAAUUUGAGUCAUUGAUUUUUUUGAGAUUCACAGAGAGCUGGUACUUUUUGUCACUUUAUUGAUACAAGCUUCCUCCAUUUCUUUGCACAUAGAUUUGUUUUUAACCCGUAAAUUAUGUUGUAACUCCAAGGCCAUAACUGUAAAUUCAAGCUGCAGUAUACUUCAGUCCCUCAGUUGAAGUUGUGGUGCAUUUAGUAUUUUUGAGUCAGAUAUGACUUAAUGUACAGAGUGGAUUACAGUGACAAAGUUAGUCAUCAUCUGCUGGAGAGGGGAUGAGUCAUGUGACUCAUCACUUGCAAAAACUCAAACUUGAGGGGCAAGAAUCCAACCCGAGUUUGCCAGUCCCCUCAGAUGAAAGGAGGGAGAGUACCAUCAAAAACCAUUGAGUGGAAACUGUAUAUUUUUACUUUCAUUUCAUAUUCCACCAAGUAAUAUAUUAUAAUUUUAAAAUUAAAAUUAUUGACUGAAAACUAAGAUUAUAAAUUUAUGCUUUUACCGCAGUUCCUGGAUUCAGGUUUUAACUGAUAGGUUCUCUAUUGUCUAUUUGCUCUGUUUGGUGUGUGAUUGAGCCAAACACACUAAGAAUAUCCACAGUUUGAUCCUUGGUGUGAACUUAGCUGAUUUCAACAGUUAGAAAUUGUUGAUCUGGCCUCAGCUGCUCCAAGCUCUGGAGGAAAGGGAAAAUUAUCCCAGGUUUCCACUCUUCACUGUCAUCUAAUGACUUCUAAUGUAGUGUAUGUAUGGGUUUGUGGAUUUCAGGUGAAGAAUGACCUUUUGUGUAAAUAAUUAGUGGCAACCAGUACAAAUGGGGACUCCUUCAAUAGAAGAGAAAAUUUGAGUAAAACCAGUAUAGUAAUUUAAGCUAAUACGUCCAGCUGUUCAGAGUGGUCAUCCAGCAGCUAAGCAAGUGAAUUCCUCUCUGGAAUAGCAUAUAAAAGUAGAUAGUCUAAAUUGGCCAUACUUUAAAUUUAAAUUUUGUUAUUUUCUUCUGAAAUUGUAUCUAAAAUCAGGUAGAACUUUCUGCAGCUUGUGACUCAGUUCCUUCACUCCUUCAGCUUCUGGUACUUGGCUGCUAUGUUGGUGUAUCUGUGCAGCUCUUGGAUUCCUAAGUAGUGUGUAGGAGUAACGUCGUGAGGUUGAGCUGUCAGAAAUAUGCUGCAGAGAGAAGUGCGGAUUGAUUACAUUACAUUAGAAGGGCUUAAUGUACAAGCUGCACUGUCUUUGAAAGCUUUAUCACACAUUGCAAUGAAAUCCAUAUUUGUUACAAACUAAGGAGACAAAAAUGAAAAUAUCACUUUUAUAAUCCAAUUACUCUGCCAUUUUCGUGUUUUAUUUUUGAUUUUUUUUCUGAAAUGUAUAGGCUUUGCUUUUUUCCUUGAAGACCUAAACAUUGGUCUGAUCAGUUGCUGGCACUCAGACCAUCAAUCCUUUAGAUGUCCUUCUGCUUUUUUUAUUGCACCAGUUGGUUCUCCAUGUUAUGUAUGUCGUCGAAUGAAGCAGCUGCUUUCAGAAAUGUGCUUUCACUGGCAGAGGGAGCCAGGCACAGCACUACUUAGUGCCACUCUUUGUUGCAGCACAGUGGUGCAAGUGACACAUUGAGCUUAUAAACUUCUCUCUCUCUCCUGCUCUCUCUCAAUGAAGAUUUUAGAUACUGAAUUCCUGUAGCAGGCAGGUUACUAGUUGUUUAAGAACAUUACCCCUACUCAAAGAAAUGUAACACCUGCUCUUUCACUACAGUGCACAAUGCACCUGUGAAAGAACUGACAGUUAUUUUGCAAAACUUGAUUUUUAUCCAGUUAUUUACAAUGUUUUAAAAUUAAAAGAUAAAUCACUUCUACUAUUGAAUGGUCUUCGAUCACAGAAAAGCAUAGCUAGAAAAUGGCCUUCAGUUUCUAUUACAGGAAAGGGGUAACGGAUGCUCUUGUUUUGAUCUCCCUUUUAUGUGUCUCGUUCUUGAACCCUAUCUAUGUAUGUUUUUCAUUAUUGUCAAUUUUGAGUGUAUGAUACAUUUGUAAGUCAUUAGUGAGUCACUGUAAUUUGGUGUGCCCUGAAGAAAUUUGGAGCUCUUUUCUAUUAGAACUGGAUUGGUGAGAAUGCAACUAAACUGAACUGGGCCUACACGAAUCAAGAUGAUGUAUAUUCCACAAAGCAACCCACACUUAAUGCUUUGACUGAAUUAGUUCAAUUAUGUAAAUUGAUAAUUCCUACGAAAAGUUAAAGAAUAAGGCAUACAGGAAGAAAAUGGUUUCUAAAGCUAAAGGAUUGAAUCUCUGUGGUACAAUGAGUAAAUGCUUGGUGUGGAAUUGAGCUAAAUAGGAACAAUUUUCAGGUGAUGUGAGAUGCUAAGUGCUUUCUCAUGACCAAAACAUUCCGAGCGUUAGUACCAAUCAGUACUGAAUUAGUUGCUCUCAAUUCUUAGUGCUAGAGCUGCCCUUUCAGAUGUCUUAGAUGAGCGAGGACAGUUGGACUUUCUGAAGGAGUGCAUAUCUUUCGAUUAAAUUGCCACCAGGGAUACUGCAUGUAUUGGCCCCAUUGUUGACUAAUAUUUCCUCACAAUUUUCCUUGACGUUAGGCCACCUAGACAGGUUACUCGAAAGCGACAGGUACUUAUUGGAUGAGAUCACAGCAUGAGUCAGUACCUUCAGAGAGAUAGGAAGCGAAUGGAAUAAUAAUCGCUGCUAACACAGACAAUGAGUUGUUGGACCUUUUACCUAAUAUUACAUUCAGUAAUUCCAUAAAAUGAGUAAUUGCUGCAUUUGAAUCAGAUCCAUUUGUAAAUAUACUUUAAUGCAUUAAUAAUAGAUUACUCUAAUUGUACAUUUCAGGAGUAGUAGAUCUGCUAUUUGAAUUAAAUUUAUUGUCACAUACUCCCAUUUGUAAAUGGUUAUAAUUUUUGCAAUCAGUAUUUAAUUCUAAAUUGUUCUGAUCAUCCCUUGAUUUUCAAAUGUCUCCCAUACAUGUGUGUACCAUCUUUAAAGCUUUUCUAAUUCAUCAUCUUGUCUUAAUUUCUUCUGUAUACUCAUUUAAUUUGUUGAAGUCAUUGUGAAUGAAUAACUUUGAGAUGCUUCAGAAAGACGUGAUAAACCACUAAACUAGUUAGUUGUCGAUUUAUAGAAUAUUCUGUAAAGAUUAUAGAUGAUCUGACUUUUUUAAAAAAACCAUAUCCAAUUUUCUGAAAACUAGCAAAUAAAAGCACCUCCCAGUGUUGCACUAUAUCUCAGGUUCAAAUCCCCAAUCAGUGCUGUAUUUGCUGAUCUAAUGUGGGGAAUAUGUAUUUGUCCAUAGCAUUCCUAUACAUCCCUCAAAGAUGGAAAAUUACCCAAUGUUCCUCCUUUCGAGGAAUGUUUAUUUUGAAGUGAUAUUCUGUGAAGGUAAGAUCAUUAUUGGCUGUAAUAUGCCUGAUUGUCAAAAUCAACUAAUGUUUAUAUAUCCAUAGUAUCAGGUCACUUGAGCAAGGUACACAAGGGCAGUUGAACUAUAAGAGCCAGAACUUUCAGUAAGGCAGGCAUGAAAAUUGGAAGGGAAAACUUCUCAAUAUACUUUAUUGUUGAAAGCCCGUAUUUGUCACUUAUGAAAAAGGUAACUUUUUAAGUAAAAUUGCCAGUUUUGACGAGAUUGUUUCAGUUCAGUCAUAGUACCUGUCACAGAGAGGAAGUCAUAACUCCUCAGAUAAUUUGUGAAUAGUAGACAUACUUUUUAAAGAAUAUUUUUGUAUUUUUUAUUAAGGAACUGUCUUUGAUUAGCUAGUAAUAAUAAAGUAUAAUUGAAGAAAUUUGACAAACUUCAUAAAUCAUCGACUUCAUGCCUGCAGUUUGUUUCCUCUGAACCCACUCGCAAAAAUAUGGGUUAAGUCACGCGUCACUCCGAUGACAAGCUGGUGAUCAAUUAAAUGGCUCAGAUGAUAUCACAAAUUGCAGUGGCCCCCUGAACUCCAUGAUGAUGUGUUGCUCCUGUUACGUGUCUUGCGCACCUCUGUGCAAUUAACAUUUUCCACUUCAUAGAGUUAAGAGAGAAGAACUUUUAAACUGUCAAGUCUUGAGAAAAACAUUUUCAUGUGGGUUUUUGGAGUUGUCAUAUCAGUCAAGAGCUUGAACCUUACCAACCAGAGCAAAGCAAAGUGAUCAUCAUGUAUCAGAUUAGUUCCUCUGCUCUUUUGUGGUUUUUCAUCGUUUUACACUAAGGUAAAUAAUUAAUGAGAUUUGUCGACUUGGUGGAAAACUGUUAUUUUAUGACUGCAGUAUACAAAAGACAAUUCAAGGCAAACUGGUGCUCCCCUUUCUCAGGGACUCAUUUUUUGGUGUUUUCCCUGGCAAGCCAUUGAGUGUCACCUUUAGUAAUUGAUCACAAAAGGUAUUUCUGCAGCCUUAAAAUUCUAGCCAAAUCUCCUCUUAAACCUAAUAGAAUGCUGUAAUUCUAGUGAGACAGAAUUUUCAGCUCUUUAGUAGGUGUUCAGAGCUGAUGCAGUAAACAAGGUUUCUUUUUUUCUAUCAUUCUGUCGAAGGUCCACUGGAGCUGAAGCAUUAAUUAUGUUUUUCUUUCUGCAUGUGCUACCAGACCUGAAUUUCUCCUGCAUUUUGUGUUUCACAUUUCCAGUAUGUGCAGUUCUUUGUUUUUAUUUCUAUUACUCUCCAUUUUUAUACAGUAAUCUUGUUUUGUUCCAAACUGUUGCAUUAGGAUUCUCAUACGUUGCAAGUGACAAACAAAGUAAGAUGAUGUGUUAUGGACACUGACAAUUUAUGCGACAGUUUGAAGAGAGGACUCUGCUUGUAGGUGUUACCUGGUGAUAUUGGUUUUUUACAACUGAUAUUGGUCUGGAAAUUGAUGUAGUGAUGCAUCACAUCAGAGCCUGUCAGGAUAAGAAAGUUUGGAUCAGCAUUGAUCAAUUAAUGAUAUUCUGAUAUGAGAUACCCUUCAUAAUGGGAAUUGCAAUCUUAUAUUUACGAAAUACAGCAAAAGCAUGAUUGAUUACAUCUUGCUGUGAUAGCUCAUGUUAUCAACUAAUAAAGUAUGACAGAUAUGGUUGAAACCAAAUGGAACUAUGGAUUCAUACAGUAUAGAAGAGAUCCUAAGUCUAAUCAAGUCUGUACCACCAAAAAAUAUACCACCUAUACCUACACCUGACCCGCUUUCCCCCACUAGGUCUGUAACUUUGAAUUUUAUGACACGUUAUGUGCUCAUCCAAGCACUUUUUAAAGACUAAGGUGUCUGCUUCAGCUACACCCCCAGGUAGUGCAUUCCAAAGCUCCACUUGGGGGAUAAUGUAUUUUCCUCAAAUCCCCUCUAAACCUCCUGGCUUUCACUUCAAAAUUAUGUCCCUUUUUUAGGCCUUUCAACAAUGAUUAUAUGUUAACUGAGGGAUAAUUGGGUGAGCACUUAGAGUUAAAAAAGCAGAAUAUUGGCAACCAAACGUCAGUGGUGGAAUUUGUGGAAUGAGAGUAGAAAUAAAACUCUGACUUGAAAAGUACAUAGUUAAAUUCUAUCUAACCAGCAUUUAACCUCUGAUAUUUAAUAUCUCAACGGUUAGGUAAAAUCAAAUAUUUUGACAUAUAUGAAGUAUGGCCACUUAGACCAGCUCACACAGAACUAUCUGAAUCAUUUACCGAUUCAACUCAUUGUUUUGAAGCAAAGCAGAGGGAAAAUUAAAGGAAACUAUGUAUAGAACAUCUGUGUUGUCUCAAGUUUCUUUUUCAGUAUAUCAAGUCCAUGAUUCCAAAAUCAAAUCCCAGAAAAUAUUGUCACAGGAACCUGGGUAGUUCCAUAGUUUGAAAAUCCUGAACUUGAGGUGAUUCAUAGUGCCAUUUACUUUGAGCAAGGAAAACAAGUGUGUCUGAGUUGGUGAGACAUGGUUAUGUUGAUCAAAACAGAAAGAACUGUAGAUACUGGAAAUCAGAAAUGAAAACAAAAUGGUGGAAAAGCUCAGCAGAUGUAACAUUAUCUGCGAAGACAAAUCAGAGUUAACAUUUUGGGUCCAGUGACCCUUCCUCAGAACUCGUUAGGGAGGCGGGGAUGAGCUGGGCUGGUUUUGUGAUGCAGUGGGGGGAGGAGACAAGCUAGCUUGGUUUUGGGAUGCAGUGGGGGGAGGGGAAGAUUUUGAAGCUUGUGAAGUUCACAUUGAUACCAUUGGGCUGCAGGGUUCCCAAGCGGAAUAUGAUUUGCUGUUCCUGCAACCUUCGGGUGGCAUCAUUGUGGCACUGCAGAAGGCCCAUGAUGGACAUGUCAUCUGAGGAAUGGGAGGGGGAGUUAAAAUGGUUUGCGACUGGGAGGCGCAGUUGUUUAUUGCGGGCCGAGCGGAGGUGUUCUGCAAAGUGGUCCCCAAGCCUCUGCUUGGUUUCCCCAAUGUAAAGGAAGCCACACUGGGUACAGUGGAUGCAGUAUACUGCAUUGGCAGAUGUGCAGGUGAACAUCUGCUUAAUAUGGAAAGUCAUCAUGGGGCCUGGAUUGAGGUGAGGGAGGUGGUGUGGGGGCAAGUCUAGCACUUCCUGCGGUUGCAGGGGAAGGUGCCGAGUGUGGGAGCUUGGAGGGGAGUGUGGAGCGGACGAGGGAGUCACGGAGAGAGUGGUCUUUCCGGAAGGACGACAAGGGUGAGGAUGUCCCGCCUCCUUGACCUGUUCGUCCUGCCCAGACUGACCUAUCCCCUCCCUACCUCCCCACCUGUACUCUCCUCUCCACCUAUCUUCUCCUCUAUCCAUCUUCGGUCCGCCUCCCCCUCUCUCCCUAUUUAUUUCAGAACCCUCUCCCCAUUUCUCUCUCUGAUGAAGGGUCUAGGCCCGAAACGUCAGCAUUUGUGCUCCUGAGAUGCUGCUUGGCCUGCUGUGUUCAUCCAGCUUCACACUUUGUUAUCUUGGAUUCUCCAGCAUCUGCAGUUCCCAUUAUCUCUGAUCUCCUUCCUCAGAACUGUUCUGUUUUUAUUACAGUUAUGUUGUUAGUGCAAGAUAGCAAGAGGGGACAAAUGUCAUCCUCACUUAAAGAAGGUAAGAGGUUCUCUCUGAGCAGACAUUUUCUCAGUUGGUGUAGAGAUGUGAAUAUUACAGUAUUAAUUCAUGCCAGGGCUGUAGGUUGUCAGAGACAUGUUGCAAGAGAAAUGAGGUUUUUUGUUAAAAGUGUUCAUGAUCUGAAGAGAUUAUGAUCAGGAUAAUACAAUAUAUUGCUUGUUUUAUGUUUGCCAAAAUAAAUCAAUUUUUUGACUUGAAACACAUUUUCUCAAGAAAUCUAUUUAAAUGGAAUGUAGCAUUCAGCAUUCUGUUUGGAAGGACAAUUUAUAAUAGAAUGUAGGAGACUGUUCUUGAGUUUCAGCAGUUAGGUUUGAUGUAAUUAAUUAUUGUUAAUUGUACCAGUUGAAAUCUCUGGUGUUAGAAUGCUGCAGCAUUGCUCAGCUUCAUUCUGUGAUUUCUUUUGAGAACCUUGUGAAGUUUGUGCCUGGCACAAAUAUUCAGUAACCUAUCACACAAAGGCUUUGUCCCUGGCAGUCACUGAGUUGCGACUGCAGCAGUAUGGCAUAACUGAAUAGUUGUAAUCAAGGUCCAGAGAAAUGGUGUAGCUGGUCAUUAAGGUGCAUGGAUGUGUGAAAGUUUGCUGUCAAUGAUCUUUCAUAACGCAGAUAUCGUGUGAUUUAAGAGAAAGAUGGUUCUUUUUGACAUGGAUGUCAUGUUCAUAGUGUGGGUCUGUACUUUAACAUAAGUAUCUGUAUACCUUAAUUUCUUCCCAAAUGAGUCCACAUAGUGCCACAUAAGGCAAACCAGAAGCAAAGGCUUCCAUUGAAUUUGUGGAGCUGCAUAGUUUGUUUUCAUUCAUCUGUCCAAUUUACAUUUCCUUUUUGAAACAGCUAGAGUGAGAGAACCAUUAAAUUGCUUUAAGUGCACUAUGCAGUCCACCACCUUGGUGCUCCAACUGAUCUCCUAAUGCUUUAUAAUUAAGAGUUUGUCAUUUAGCAUGUAGAGACCUUUUUUCUCCAUUUAUAAAGAUAAGAGAAGUAAUGAAGCAUAAAUGUCAUUCUCACUAAAAUAAGGUGAGUUUCUCUGGCCUCUGAGCAGAUAUUUUCUCAAUAUCAACACCUUGCUCACUGCACACAGCUAUCUCUUGCCUUUGUUGGAAAAGAUUUUGUUUAAUUUUGUUUUGGUUUGCUGUUUGUUGGCAAUCUCAUUCUUAGUUUCUACCUCAGCUAGUAGGUGAUUUUGUUUGUCAUGAAUUUUAUUCAAAAGUCAGAUAUGCUUAGAAAAGGAAUACUUCCAUACUUGAAAAUCUAAAAUGGAAUAAUACUGAUAAUAGUGCAGUGUUACCAGUGUUUUGCCUCCAGUAUAGAUUUUGGAAAAUGGAUAAAGGGUGACUUUGCUAUAAAUGUAAAUUUUUUUUGGAAAAUAAAGUUUCAAAUGAGGCAAAAGAUGAAACUUUUUUUGGAAAGAUGGCACCUGAUCCUUUUGAAUACACUUAAUAAGAAAAGUGAUUAAAAUAUUCCACACAUUAUUAUUAAAAGUUUCCCCUCCUGCUGUGAAACAAUAAAAACAAAAACAACCUUUUGGGUUCAAGCAAAUGAAACAAUUCUGUUCCCGUUUCAACUUCAGAAGAGCUAAAUCUUUCUUGACAUCAUAAGAUAUCUCUUCUCCCUGAUUUGGUGCUUUGCUACCAUCUAGAACAAUCUGUAUCUUCAGAAAACAUGCAGCAAAUUUGAACUAGCUCCAAAUAAGAGUAAUGAUUCUUCACUGAUAGAUUUUCCUACUUGCUGAGCUCCAAAUUUUAUCCUUCUGCCCAUAGCAGAGACUACAGAUGUUUCUCGAGCAGUAUAGCAGACUAACUGACUGAGAUCUUGAAACAGGAUAAAUCAGUUGAAGGGGGAAAUAAUGAAACAGAUUUGAUUUGAAAGUUUUGUUGAAGUAAACCUUAAAUGGCUGGAGAAGGAUAUAAAAGAAAUAGGGAGUAAUAUUGCUUCAUCUUGCAGGUUUUAAUUGAAGCAUUUUUAAAACCUGGAAAUCUAAGCACUAAAAUUUCUUUUUGCCUUUCAGCACUUUUAAAUUCAAACCAAGUGCAAGGGUGACAGCCUUUAGAAUGAGUUAUAGUGAUAGUUAGAGCUGAAGGGCUUUGCUGAACUCUAAAAUUAGAGGCCAGUAAGUUUCCUAUUAAUGUUGUAAAUGUGUACAAUUAUCAAUAACAUGUUUUUUCCUGUAAAUACCUGUUAAUACAAGUUAAACAAUGAUAGAAUAUGUCUGUAUUCAAGAACCAACUUUUAAAGCUGCAGACAACUAAUGAAAAUGCCUAUUAGUUUAAAGGUAACAAGAACUGUAACCAAGAAAAUGUUAUUUUAUUCUGCCCCCGCCUCCGCCUCCCCCACCUGCCCCUGAAAAGGAUUGUCGGGCUGAGAGAGCAGUUUGGUAAUACACAUGAAUUUCUCUUUCUGUUGAUGCUACACAGAACCAAAUGCUGGGUGAAAUGUGUAUGAAUAGCCUGCAAACAACUGUCCUUGUACUAUUUCCUCCUUUGGGAACUACUGGCUUCAGGAUUCCCAAAGGUAAUAUGACUAAAGUUCAGACUUAACAAAAAAUGAGGGCAAAGUAAGUACAUAUUAAUGAAAACCUGAAGCAAUUGAGGUUAAAUGAUUCAAAACCUUGGUGCACCAGCUGAAUUUGAACUUCAUUUUUGAGUUAAUGCUUGCUCAUAUCCUUGUCAAUUUCAAUGCCCAAUCAGAAUCUGUGUGCUUGAGGCAGACGCACUCUUGGAAUGGCAACGCAGGAAAUGAACAGUUAUUUCACUGUAAUAAACCUUCAGAUGAGCAAAAGCAAUUGAUUUUGGAGCAGUGUCCUCAUGUCUGUUCAAACUGACUUGUUUUACUUGUUUUGAUUUUAACAAUUUUGCCUUGCAACCACUUUAUAGAUUUAACUUUCCACGUUGAUUUUUCAAAUAAGCUGUUAAAAAUUUUGGUCACAUUGGGGUUGAAGGGGAAAAUUGACUGAUCAAUGACUGCAAGGCCAAUUCUCAAAACCGCCAUGGUUCCCAUUUCAGUAUCUCAUGACGUCAACUUGGAUCACUAGGGUAAGCAAUAAUUGAGUGAUUCCUCAUUGGGGAAUGUCUGAUGGAUGUGGGACAGAGUACUCACUUCCAUAGUCUACACAGUCUAAUUGUCUGUGAAAUAACAAUUUAAUCAAAUUCUGAGACAUACAAUUUGCUGACCUAUUCACACCAAACUGGUUUGGGGAGCCAGGCUAUGCAAUACUUUUUCUAAAAACGAAUACUUUGCACCUUGUUACAUUCUGAACACAUUGCUGACUCAGGAUUAAUGUGGUCUGAUGGUGAAAUUCCACAUAUGGGAUAUUACUUUUGUGUUCUUUUGAAGCAUGUUGAAAAUGUAGCAUUUUUGCUUGUCACAGUCCUGAGCUAUCUAUACGGUCAGUUUGAAAAACAAGGCAAUAAGGACGCCUGAAUCAGUGUACAGAUUGAGUGAAUGUAUGUAUUUGCUGUUCCUUUCCACGAGGAUAAUCAGUCACUUGGUGUUUCAUGAUCAACUGGCUUGACCUAUUGAGUUGUUUGUAAAGAUUCCAUUAAUCAUGAGUAUUUUUAACUAAUAAAUCUGAGUUGCCAGAAAAUAAAGUAGUCAAUGAGAUGUUCUUGAAGUGAUCUGUAUUUCCAGGUUAUGCUAAUAAAUGUGAAUGAUUUGACAACUUAUUAAA